AUGAAAAGUCAGAUCAUUGGCAGAGAGCUUCCUCCUCAGAUCCUGACAGCUGAUGGAUUAGUGUACAGGAAAACAACCGGAUCAACUGUCAUACUUAAAUGCAGAACAUCUGGUUCCCUGAGACCCAAGGUGGACUGGGAAAUUUUUGACUCUAGUCCAGCUGUGUUCAAUGCUAAAAUGUCUCAGAUGGCCAAUGGAAAUCUUCAAAUCAGCAAUGUGAGUCAGAAGGAGAGUGGCAUUUACACAUGUUCAAUGAGAGACAGUAACGUGACCAUUAGCGCCAUACUUGAAGUCUUCAACAGAACAAAAAUUGUGACUCCUCCCCAACACCUGCGUGUCGUUUGUGGAAAUUAUGCUAUUUUACAAUGCAAAUAUAGCGUGGACCACAAGUUAAAACAUCUCACUCUUCAGUGGAAGAAGGACGGACAUAAGAUUGCGGCAUCUGUUAAUGACGAAAAGUACACUGAAUUUCCUAAUGGCUCUCUGAAGGUGACAGAUGUACAGAUUCAGGAUUCAGGAGAAUACGGUUGUGAGAUCAUUACUGAACUAGAUUCAGAUGAUGCCAGCGGCUCCAUCACAGUGCAGGAUAAACCAGGUGCUCCUCUUUUUGUGGAGAUGUCUGAAAAGAGGGAGCGAAGCGUUACUCUGACCUGGACAGCCGGCGAUGAAAACAACAGCCCUGUUUUUGAAUAUAUUAUAGAGAUGAAGGAGGAGCAGUGUACAGAUGCAAGCACAUGGAGGGAAUAUGAGAAAGUUCAUCAAGACAUCAAACACAUUGAGAUUCAUCUGCAGCCGUUCUGCAAGUAUCAUUUCCGGGUCAGAGCUGUGAAUGAGAUUGGAAACAGUGAACCCAGUUCUGAAUCUGAAUCCUACAUCACCCCUGCUGCCAGUAAGAUCAUCUGAACAUACUCACUAUAAUGUGCUUCGUAUGGAUGAACAAACAUCUUUUGUUUUAGGCUACUUACAAUCAAUAGCAAAUGAUUAUAAAUUAGGAAUUAAGGUAACACUUUAAAAUAACUUUCAUUAGUAAGUCAUUAAUAAACAUUAGUUAAUGUUUAACUGAACAUUAGUUUCAAUUUUUUCACAUAUCUAGAAAUAUGAGAUAAUGUGAUUUUUAAUGUUUCCUGUAACAACGCUGGGUUGGAAGGACGACAGAGACGAGGGAGAUCCAAUGAACAAACAAACUUAAGGAACAUACAGGCAAUGGAUCUUAACAAAAAAACAUCAUAACAUUAUGUAGACCGGGCAACGGGUAGGGGAAAUCAAAGGAUCAUAUACUGGAGCUGAUGAGGGUGAUUGCUGGCAGGUGAGGAUGAUUAAGAUGAGGAGCAGGUGCGGGAGAAUGAGGGAUUCUGGGAACUGGAGGCCAUGAGGAGAUGAUGAGAGAAAACAAAGGGAAAACAGGCAGGCAGACAGACUGGGAUCGUGACAUUUACUAAUUGUUUAAUAUAACUUUACAUAAUGAAUAGCAGAUCAUUAGAUAAUGUAUAUUAAAAUGCUUACAAAUUUUAUUACCUUUUCAAUUUACAUUGUACUGUAAUUAAAAGAUCUACAAAUGACUAAAAUAUAUGGCAUUUAAUUACUAACCCCUUAUUUGUUAAUGUAUGUUUGAAUGUCAAUACACUUUGAUUCAUAUGUUCUCUAAUGCAUUUUACAUUUACAAAAGGUAUACAAUAUAAAAUAUUAUUGGUAAUUGCAGUUAGUUUAGGCACUAUUCAUGUUAACAAAUUAUUCAUUAACUUAUUCAUUAACAAAGGUCUGUAUAUGUUACACAGUUAUUUAUUGUAGUGUAUAAGCAUACUUUUACUAUUUACCCAACUUUACAAAUCAUGUAUUGUUUGUUCAUAUUCUACAGUACUCAAUCUAACGUUGAAACU